UGCUCUGUGGUGUCUCCCUGAGCGGUGCUACCGCUGGUGCCACCAGCAGAAAGACACGGCCGGACCCUCCUGCUCAGGUUAUGAAGAUCCCCUUCACGGCCCCAGUGGCUUACCUGGCUCAUCGCCUCCGGGACUUUGUAUCUUUGCUAAAAUCAGUGAUGUGAAAAGACUUGAAAUGGAUGAUACUGCUGAUAGGGUGAGGAUGGAUGCUGGAGACGUGACUUUAGUGAACCACAACUCCAUAUUCAAAACCCACCUCCUGCCAGAGGACCAGCUUUCACUUUCUGACCAGCAGAUUUUAUCUUCCAGGCAAGGACAUUUGGACCGAUCUUUUACAUGUUCCACAAGAAGUACAGCUUAUAAUCCAAGCUAUUAUUCAGAUAAUCCUUCCUCAGACAGUUUUCUUGGCUCAGGAGACGUAAGAACCUUUGGCCAGAGUGCAAAUGGCCAAUGGAGAAAUUCUACUCCAUCAUCAAGCUCAACUUUACAAAAAUCAAGAAAUAGCCGAAGUCUUUACCUCGAUACCCGAAAGACCUCAAGUGGAUUCUCAAACAUUUUUGCGGGAAAGUCAAACCAUCACUGCUAUAUAUCUGCAUAUGAAAAAUCUUUUCCUAUUAAACCUGUUCCAAGUCCAUCUUGGAGUGGUUCAUGUCGUCGAAGCCUUUUGAGCCCCAAGAAAACUCAGAGGCGACAUGUUAGUACAGCAGAAGAGACAGUUCAAGAAGAAGAGAGAGAGAUUUACAGACAACUGCUACAGAUGGUCACAGGGAAACCGUUUUCUAUAGCCAAACCAACCACACAUUUUCCUUUACACCUGUCUCGAUGUCUUAGUUCCAGUAAAAAUACUUUGAAAUACUCACUGUUUAAAAAUGGAAAUUCUUGUGCAUCUCAGAUCAUUGGCUCUGAUACUUCGUCAUCUGGAUCUGCCAGCGUUUUAACUACACAGGAACAGCUGUCCCACAGUGUGUAUUCCCUGUCUUCUUAUGCCCCAGAUGUUACUGCUUUUGGAUCCAAAGAUUCUGAUAUUCUUCAUCAACCCCAUCAUCACCACUCUGCUGCACAUCAGCCAGAUACCUUAGCAGCUUCAAAUACACAAUCUGAAGGAUUGGACUCUGUGAUUUUACUGAAAGUGAAAGAUUCCCAGACUCCAGCUCCCAGUCCUACUUUCUUCCAGGCAGAGCUGUGGAUCAAAGAAUUAACUAGUGUUUAUGAUUCUCGAGCACGAGAAAGAUUGCGCCAGAUUAAAGAACAGAAAGCAUUGGCCUUACAGCUUCAAAACCAGAGACUGCAGGAGCGGGAACAUUCCGUACAUGAUUCAGUAGAACUGCAUCUUCGUGUACCUCUUGAAAAGGAGAUUCCUGUCACUGUUGCCCAAGAAGCACAAAAAAAGGGCCAUAAAUUAACUGAUAGUGAAGAUGAAUUUCCUGAAAUUACAGAGGAAAUGGAGAAAGAAAUAAAGAAUGUAUUUCGUAAUGGGAAUCAGGAUGAAGUUCUCAGUGAAGCAUUUCGCUUGACAAUUACACGCAAAGAUAUUCAAACUCUAAACCAUCUGAAUUGGCUCAAUGAUGAGAUCAUCAAUUUCUACAUGAAUAUGCUGAUGGAGCGAAGUAAAGAGAAAGGCUUGCCAAGUGUGCAUGCAUUUAAUACCUUUUUCUUCACUAAAUUGAAAACGGCUGGUUAUCAGGCAGUGAAACGUUGGACAAAGAAAGUAGAUGUGUUUUCUGUUGACAUUCUUUUGGUGCCCAUUCACCUGGGAGUGCACUGGUGUCUAGCUGUUGUGGACUUUAGAAAGAAGAAUAUUACCUAUUACGACUCUAUGGGUGGGAUAAACAAUGAAGCCUGCAGAAUCCUCUUGCAAUACCUAAAGCAAGAAAGCAUUGACAAGAAAAGGAAGGAGUUUGACACCAAUGGCUGGCAGCUAUUCAGCAAGAAAAGCCAGGAAAUUCCACAGCAGAUGAAUGGAAGUGACUGUGGAAUGUUUGCCUGCAAAUACGCUGACUGUAUUACCAAAGACAGGCCGAUCAGCUUCACACAGCAACACAUGCCGUACUUCCGGAAGCGGAUGGCCUGGGAGAUCCUCCACCGGAAACUCUUGUGAAGACUGUCUCAGUUAGCAGACCUUGACCAUGUGGGGGACCAGCUCUUUGUGGACUACAGCCAGAGACCUUGGAAACAGCUGCUCCCAGCCCUCUGUUCUUGUAACACCCUUGAUCCUGGACCAGGCCCUGGCGAGAUGCAUUCACAAGCACAUCUGCCUUUCCUUUUGUAUCUCAGAUACUAUUUUUGCAAAGAAACUUCGGUGCUGUGAAAGGGGUGAGGGACAUCCCUAAGCUGAAGAGAGAGACUGCUUUUCACUUCUUCAGUUCUGCCAUCUUGUUUUCAAAGGGCUCCAGCCUCACUCAGUCCCUAAUUAUGAGACUGAGAAAAGCUUGGAAAGAAUCUUGGUUUCAUAUAAACUCUUGUUGUUAGGCCUUACUAAGAAGUAGGAAAGGACGUGAGCAAAAGAUAGGGAUAAAAACCACCAGCAUAUACAUGGACACACACACACACACACACACACACACACACACACACACAAUUUUCAAGAUGUAUAGUCAGGAAUGUGACUGUAAACAGGACUUUGGGGCACAUGCCUAAGUCCGCUUCUCCAGGACCUUUCCUAUUUAUAUGUCCCUACACAGAAUCCAUCUGCUUUUAUACAUAGCUGUUUAUCAUCUGUAGCUUCAUCCUAUCCAGAGGCACAGCACAUGAGCUCUGGACAGGUCCCAAAGUUCCAAGCAGUCCUUUCCUUAAAAGCAGGGGUUUGCAUGUGCUACCAACACACGAUACGGGGAAGACCCACCCAGGGAGCAGUUUCAGUGGCACAACAAAGUACCACUUUUACUGUUGCCUACUUCUGACCAAGAAGAAGAAGGACCUUAGUCUUUAGCAUAGAAUUCCAGCGUUGGAUGAAUGCAGGUCUAGUUUGGUCUGUGGCUAGUUAGUUUAAAUAUGUUUCUAACCACAGAGAAUUUCAUAUAUAUACAUAUAUAUAUAUACAGACACAUAUAUAUAUGUAUAAAUUUUCACAGGGAUAUGCUUUUUUUCUUUAAAAAAAAAAAGACUGAAUGUGUUCACCAUUUAGCCUGUAGAUUUAUUUCCAUUUUCCACAUUGCAGCACGCAGAGAUCCCAACCCCUAUGUGUAGGGUGUUUGUGGACUACCUAAUGGAAUAUUUUGAGGCCUGGAUGAACUUUGCCAUGUGGGUAGACGUUACAGAGGGAGGUGAUAUUUUCAGCUAAAAAAAAAAAAAAAACGGGUGGAGUUUGGACUGAUCAACUUGAGAUUUAAAGACUUCGAUUCCUUUUGUUCUUUCUAGCGUCUCUCCCCACCCUCUGAGAGCUCCUCAGGCUUAGACAGUGAAGUGAUCCAGUGCCAGUGUCAUUUUGUACUUAAGUUCCAAAGUAGGAACAUUUUAUACUUUUUUCUGUAUUGUAAUAGGUAGUUUUGUAUGAAAUCUUUUCUCCCCCCCCGCCUUUGUACCCCAUUCUUUCCAGCAUUGUGCUUUUUCCUGGGCUUAUUUGAAAAUUUUACUGUUUUAUACAAGCUCGUUUAGUACAUUUUUCUAUGUUUUACCACAAGUUACAAUUUGAAAAGAAAACUAUUUUUUUUUUUAAAUAGUCCAUUGUUAACUGAAUGUUACUGUUUCCACCCCAGCAACUAGAUGUCCCGCCUUCAACCGCCUGCAUUUGGGGAAAGAGCACGUUUUGUGUUUGUUCUCUCUCUCCCUUUCCCUUUCUCUUUUUCUCUGAGUUUCUGUAGGAAAUAAAUAGCUUUCUCUGUGGGUGCUGGGGACCUUCACAUGCUCUCUUAGAAAGCUGUGGCAUGCAGGCUCAUCGCAGGACUUGGAAUAUCAUCUGGUUCCUGGUGCUUACUCUCUGUAAGCAACAACUCGAAAGGUGGCAAUAUGGUGUAGAUUUGGACUAUGAAUCAAAAGACCUUUUUCAGAUUCUUUCACUGUUGUCUGGGGGACUCAGAACAAGAUUGUUCUCUGUAUUUAUUGUUUGUCCAUUUAGAUAACAUCUGUCUUACCUUCCUCACAGACUUUUUGUACAGACCAAAGCAACAAAUAUUUAUUGCCAUGUAUAGCAGAAAAUGAAACAUGCAACAAAAGCACUUUGAAAAAUAUAUAAGGAAUUGUUGA